AAGUGCAAUGGCCAGUUCAUCAUCAUCGUACACGAUGGGAUCGUCGAGGACGUCGCGGACGUCGCUCCUACUCGGAAAGCACGGACGCCUCCCGUCGCCAAGCUGUCCAGCGCUGUCGCCGUCGCAAGUCCGAGCGCUGAAAGAGACUGCCGUCAAGACGUGCACCGAGCUGCUCUCGCUCUCGAAGCUCGCCAAGCGCAACAAGUAUGGCAUCACGUGGCGCCCGCUGCCGUUCACAACGGACCCUGGCCUUGCAUACUUUGUCGGCGAGUCGGCGACAGCCUCGGACGUCCAAUACAUGUGCUGUGCCACGACAGUACAAGCCACGCUGGACGAGGUCACCGAGCUCCUUUCCGGCGACGAGCAGUCGGCCAUGGGCGAGGAAGCGUACGCGCAGCUCGAGGCGCAUACCGUAGUCGCCAAGAAUUUGCGGACGCUCAAGCACGUCGAUCGGCUCAAGAUCUCGCUGCGCUGGGUGGUGUGGGACUCGACGUCGGCGUAUGUACCCCGGCGGGACUUUGUCGUGCUGCAGUAUCAAAACGAGGUGCAUUUACACGGGCGCAAUGGCUGGGCGCUGAGCAUGCACUCGGUCGAGCUCCCCGAGUUUCCAGCGUACCACACGUCGCACAGCCUCGUGCGUGGCAGCCUGUACCGCUCGGGCUACGUGGUGCUCGAGACGGCGACACCGGGCGUCGUCCAGGUGCUGCACAUGGUCCAAGUCCACUUCAAAGGCCUCGUGCCGAGCGAAGACGUCGAGUCGAUGCUGCGGGCGCGCGUCGGCAACAUUGCGUCCCUCAGUGCAUUCUUUGCCAAGCUCACGCUCGUCGCGCGCAUUGUCAGCAACAUGGAGACGUCGCGCGUGAGCAACCUCGAGAAGGUCAAGGUCUGCGCCAUGUGCAGCCGCAAAUUCAGCUUUGUCCACCGCAAAAUCACGUGCCGGCUCUGCGGCGACAUUGUGUGCGCCGAGUGUUCGCAGGCCAAGGACAUGCAGAUUCCAAUCGCAGGACUCAAGCGCGUCGACGUGUGCAACGUCUGCAACCUCCAGAAAGACCGCCGCAGUGACGACGAGCACCCACUGCGUCUCGCCAACCGCCGGAGUUUUCUGCGGCAAACCGAUGUGCACCACCGCGGCAGCCACCGGCUCUCGUCGCGCCACCACGAGACGUCCAAGGACGAGGACCUCGACCCGUACAUGCAAAUCAUGCGCGGGAAGCAGCCACUACGCCUGAGCGCCGACGCCGGCCGAGAACCGCUCUACUCGUUCCUUGAAGACAGCGGCGCUAGCGGCGCUGGGAAGCGCUCGACGCAGUACGCGGCCAUCUCGCCCGUUGUCUCGAACACGUCGGCGGUCGUCGGGCCCGCGUGGGAUGCGCCGUCCGAGUCGUCGUUUCAAAGCCGAGCGUCCGCCGCCAGUGUGUCGGCCGAUGAUUUUUGGACCAAGCCCAAGCACACGCUGUAGUUGUGUCAUCGUGUAGUCUCCACACUUAUAAUGUUUAUAUUACCUGUUGUCGUUGACAAGAUGGACGGCAG